CACAGCUUGAGGAAUGUUCCGGGAUGACUGCCAAAUUCGUGGUUCUCAUUUUGCUUGCUCUCCCUAGUUUGUCGAGUCAGCUGAAAAAAGUAAGCUGCCUCACAAAGUCACCGAUUGGCGCAUUGUGGUUGCCUAUUAUACCCUGUCGAUCUUACGUCAACGAGUCAGGACUCAGCGCUUACCACUCAGCUACUUUUAGCCCCCAAGCCUACCUCUUUAAUAUAACUAGAAUUAGCUUGUGGGUACUGUCAAUUGGGUAGUAUCGAACAUUCUAUUCAACAACUGAACUCUCGCUGGAAACAUACACAAUCUGGUUUUGCUAUCGACAAUCAAUUUCCUCUCCGUCGACAGUAUACACAAAGACACGCCGAUAGCACCAAAGUGCCGAUAUCUACUCCAUUUACAUACCCUCAAUCAAUAUAUCAUCAGCUACAAUGAAUUUCAAGUGGCUAUCGCUCUUGAGUCUCUGCUUAGUCUCACAGGCCAUUGCACUACCUACCUUAUCCCGACCACAAUUUGCUCGCGGUGAGGAGAUCACCGACGGUACUCAGAUCGGUGAAGGAUGGAAACGUAGUGAAGAUACCACCGAUGGCACUCAGAUCGGUGAAGGAUGGAAACGUAGUGAAGAUCACACCGAUGGCACUCAGAUCGGCGAGGGCUGGAAACGCAGCGAAGACACUACCGAUGGCACUCAAAUCGGUGAAGGAUGGUAGAUUCACUUCAAGAUGAAUCUGGUUUCUUUUCUUUUCUUCGCUUUGCUUUCUUUUGUUUUAGAACCAAGAACUAGCCAUUUCAUGGUUAAUUUCAUAUGUAACAGGUCACGUUAAAUUUAAGAACCAAAUGGUUUUUAAAGGUUCUGGGAUAGGACACGCAUGUAUAUACCCUUGGGAAUAGUCAAAUUGGAAAUUGCGCU